UCGAGACGUCACUGGGAACGUUUAUGUUGCUAACCAAAUACAUUCUGUACAKUUUUGGUAUUUACUAAAUAUCUGAGUAAACAUUUGACGAGAAAAGCGAACACUCACCAAGGAAAAUGUAAUAUAUUGUGUAGAGUUCUCAUUCUAGCACGUAAAGUGGUUCAAGAAACAGCUUGAAGUGUGAUCAGUCUAAUCGUUCUUCUUGUUCCAUAAUAUAAAGAUGGCUCGUUCUACUCGUGUACAGCCAUUCCAGACUCCAAGACAGCAGCGAUCAACUCCGAAACCUUCUUACCCCAGUAAMUCUACUUGUUGUGUGAAGUUCACCAUGUUCUUCAUGAACGUGUUGUUCUGGUUUAUAAGCUGCUUGAUCAUCGCUGUCGCUAUAUACGCCAUUAUAAACAAGCAAGAACUCUACGGAAAAAUCACUMAACUGAGUACCGACCCUGCCGUUAUGCUCGCCAUUGCCGGAGUACUGAUGUUUUUGAUCUCGUUUGCUGGAUGUCUGGGCGCGUUGAGAGAGAACAUAUGCUUUCUACGCUUCUACUCAGCAAUGUUGGGAUUGAUGUUACUGUUAGAGAUAAUUGCCGCCGUUCUGGGCUAUGUUUAUGCCACUAAAGUAAGAACCCAAGUUGAAAAUGCUGUACAUCAUGCAAUACAAAGGUACCGGGAUGAUCCUGAUUUACAGAACAUCAUCGACCUUCUCCAACAAGAGCUGAAAUGUUGUGGCACUACGACGUAUCGAGAUUGGGAACAGAAUAUAUACUUCAACUGUUCCUCUCCUUCUGUAGAAAGAUGUGGCGUGCCAUUCUCUUGCUGCAUUGAAGAUCAAAUAAACUCUCAGUGUGGCUUUGGUGUGAUAAAACAAUCCAAUGCUGAAGCCAGCAAGGUUGUAUAUACAUCGGGUUGUGUUGUUGAAGCGGAGAAGUGGUUGAAGAGUAACCUUAUUAUGAUGGCUUCCAUAGCAGCCGCGUUACCUAUGCUACAGAUUUUCGGGUUUUGUUUUUCGCGGAAGCUGGUGGRAGACAUCAAAGAGGCGAAAGAGGCGUUGGGUAACUAAGACUAUAGCUUGUAUGUGGGAUCAAAGUAGCUCAACCUAUUUAUUAUACCUACUUUCAUUUUAACCCCCACUCAACACCUCCUUUCCCCCCCUUCCCUCCUGCCCAACACUGCAGGUUAUCAGAAGAUUGGAAUUUGUAUUUGUUACAAUAAUAGAACUUUGUAGCAAUUAGAACAUGUAAGGGAUAAAAAUAUAGGGACACAGGACAGAAGACCAGACGCAUUGCUGGCAUAGCAAUAGGGUGUCCACAUCACAACAAAAACAAUAAGAGUCCAUACUAUAGGAGUGACCUUAUUAUGACAGUGCUUCUUAAUCACAUGCACGAAAAAUACAAUUUGCUAUUGCAAUGAAGCAGGUUUUGGUGGAYGUCAAUUAUGGCAUUUCCAUGACAACCCAWGGGCAUAUGGCUUUGAAAAGUUUGUGCUUUUAGCACAAAUCUGUAAUUAUGAAACAUAUCUGUUUGGCCUCCACCAAAACCUACUUCAAAUUGUACAAUUUCGCACGUGGUUGAGAAGGGCUAAAGCAGUUAUGUAGCAGGCGUUGGUUAUAGAUUAUGCUUGUAUCAUUGCUGUUGCAUGCUGAGUGAUGACUUUAAAAGAUUUUACCUUGCAUUUGAAAAGGAACUAGGUAGUUAAAUGAUGCAUGAAGGAGCAAUGCCUAUCAUAAAUAUUCAGAUCUAAGUAAAUUUAACCUCUAGUAUAGAUAAGGUAUCUAAAAAUAUAUAUUAUGCAAUGUGAAUUCUACAAGAAAACUCACAGUAAAUAUAAUUUCUUAGUUGUGUUAUUUAUCUAUUACACAAGUUACUUUGCUAACUCAAAAGGUGUUGUACAGCCACUCUUAAUCUCCCCACUCAGUGGGGAAAAAACAAAUUAAAAGUAACACUGUCUCAAUGUUUUCUCCAGUGGAGGCAAGAAGUGGCUGUGGGGAGGAKUACAGGAGCACUGUAUACUGGCUAGAUAUAUUCAGUCAAAACGUCCAAGUGAUUUUACUUGGCUAAUAUGAAAUAUAGUUGCAUAAUUAGUGAGCAAUAGUCAAAGUAAAAGAAAAGAAAAGAAUGGAAUUAGUGUACUGUGCCUACGUACUUCAUCUAUAGACCCCUUGUAGCACUUAGAAAAUGCAGCUCAAUCUGGGGGACAAAAUAAUAGGCUGCAAUUCUCAGGAUUGGAAUUUUUCAUUUUGUCCCCCAGCAGAUUAAGCUGCUUUGACAUCACAUGCAAGGGGUCUAUAAAUAAUUAUUAUACUUUAUAUUUUUUUAAGGACCAGUUAAAAUCACUCAUAUUUUUAUAUAAACUAGUGAAAAUAGAGGCUUAUUCAAGGCUCAGUGUUUUAUUUUAUUAUGAUAUUUGAUGCAUGUAGAGGGGAUUUGAUGCAUGUAAAGGGGAUAGAGCCGACUCAGGGUGUUUGUAUAAAUAAAAAAAGUUAUGGGCAA